AGAGAGAGAGGGUGAGUGAGCGAGCACAGGCUGAUCUCUAUCUAUCUCCCUCAGACAUCUUUCUAUGUUGCAAUACACAGAGCAGAGGACGUGCUGGUCGUUGGCAGUGAGUGGCACAGCAACCCAUCAUGCGCGCCGUCUUCUGAAAACCUUCAGCGGCGCGAGGGAUGGCUUAGUCGCGUGCGGAGCGCCGAUGCUGCACGAUGAGUGUAGCGCUGCAAGAUUUACGAAAUAACAUGUCUAAUUACAAGCGUGCUACCUUUGAGGAGGAGGACGGGACAGACAUCCAUGCAGAUGGAGCCAUCUCUCCUGACAGUGUGGAGGUGGGUUUCCGUAAGGGUGGUAUUCAGCUGUUUGGUCCACUGGGCAGGAGGACUCAACUGGAAGUAGUGUUGGCCGGACUGCUUCUCGCUUCACUUCUUGCUCUGUUUGGCUGUGCGAUCACACUGGGAGUCCGCUAUAACAGAGAUCCCGUCCGUAGUAUCUGUCUAACAGAAGCAUGCGUAACUGUGGCCAGUAAGAUCGUGGAAGCUCUGGACCGCUCCGUCGACCCAUGUCAGGAUUUUUACCAGUACGCCUGUGGAGGAUGGGUCCGCAAAAACCCCCUGCCAGAUGGCCGGUCUCGCUGGAGCACAUUUAACAGCAUCUGGGACCAGAACCAGGCUGUGCUCAAACACCUGCUGGAAAACGGCACUUUUAACUCAAGCAGUGAAGCAGAGAGGAAGACGCAGUCCUACUACCUCUCCUGUCUUAAUGAACAGCGAAUAGAAGAGCUUGGAGCCCAACCACUCAUCGACUUGAUUGCAAAGAUAGGAGGCUGGAAUAUCACAGAGUCCUGGGACAAAGACAACUUUCUGGACGUUUUAAAGAUAGUUUCAGGACCUUACAGAGCUCAGCCCUUCUUCACUGUCGGUGUCAGCGUCGAUCCCAAAAACUCCAACAGUAAUGUCAUUCAGGUUGACCAAUCAGGACUCUUCCUCCCAUCCCGAGAUUAUUACCUCAAUAAGACCAAUGAGAAGGUAUUGAAGGCUUACCUGGAUUACAUGGUCGAGUUGGGAUUGUUGUUGGGAGGAGACAAGAAUUCCACUCGAGUUCAGAUGCAGCAGAUUUUGGACUUCGAGACGGCGCUGGCUAACAUCACAGUGCCUCAGGACGAGCGGCGGGACGAGGAGAAGAUCUACCACAAGAUAACCAUAGCUGAUCUGCAGACGUUGUCUCCAGCAGUUGAAUGGUUGGAUUAUCUGAACUUCGUCCUGUCACCGCUGGAGCUGAACGACACGGAGCCUGUGGUGGUCUACGCUAAAGAAUACCUGCAACAGGUGUCGGAUCUCAUCAACAAGACGGACCACAGUCUUUUGAAUAAUUACAUGAUCUGGAAUCUGGUUCAGAAAGGAGCGUCCAGUCUGGACCAGCGCUUUGAGAACGCUCAGGACAAACUGCUGGAGAGCCUCUACGGCACCAAGAAGUCCUGCACUCCACGCUGGCAGACGUGCAUUGGGAACACAGAUGACACUCUCGGUUUUGCAUUGGGUGCUCUUUUCGUCAAAGCCACUUUCGACAAACAGAGCAAAGAAAUAGCGGAGGGGAUGAUCAAUGAAAUCCGCACAGCUUUCAAAGACGCGCUGGAUGAUUUGAAAUGGAUGGAUGAACAGACCCGACAAGCUGCCAAGGACAAGGCGGAUGCCAUCUAUGACAUGAUCGGAUUUCCAGACUUCAUUCUGGACCCCAAAGAGCUUGAUGAUGUAUAUGAUGGGUACGAGGUAACAGAAGACAACUUCUUCCAGAAUAUGAUCAACUUCUAUAACUUCUCAGCACGAGUGAUGGCAGACCAGCUGCGCAAGCCGCCCAACAGAGACCAAUGGAGCAUGACUCCACCCACGGUGAACGCAUACUACAUGCCCACCAAGAACGGAAUCGUCUUCCCCGCCGGCAUCUUACAGGCCCCCUUCUACGCCCAGAAUCACCCCAAAGCUUUAAACUUUGGUGGCAUUGGAGUGGUGAUGGGACAUGAGUUAACACAUGCCUUCGAUGACCAAGGCAGAGAGUAUGACAAAGAUGGAAACCUUCGGCCGUGGUGGCAGAACUCCUCGGUGGACGCGUUUAAGAACCGCACCGAGUGCAUGAUCGAUCAGUACACUCAGUACACCAUCAACGGAGAGCACAUCAACGGCAAACAGACCCUGGGAGAAAACAUCGCAGAUAACGGCGGCUUGAAAGCUGCCUAUCAUGCGUAUCGCUCAUGGGUGCAGAAGAACGGUGAAGAGAAGAGGCUCCCAGCUGUCAAUCUGACAAACGACCAGCUCUUCUUCGUAGGUUUUGCUCAGGUGUGGUGUUCAGUCCGAACUCCAGAAAGCGCUCACGAGGGCCUGAUGACGGACCCUCACAGCCCUCCCAAAUACCGUGUAAUCGGCACUCUAUCCAACUCACCCGAAUUCACGGAGCACUUCCAGUGUCCUCUGGGCACCCCCAUGAACUCAGGCCACCGCUGCGAGGUGUGGUAGGACCGUCUCCCGCCCCCCAGACACCAGCCCGCGUGCACAGACCAGCCUUUCUGGCUCUUUCUCAAGCACUGAUUUUAUUUAUGUGCUCAGAGUUAUUUGAGAAGUCAGGCUUAAAGCAGGAGGAUGAAGCGAGCACCUGCCACCGCUCUUCUCCAACGCCACAUCAGACUCUCUUUAUUUAUUUGUUCACUGACCUUGGGAGACAUUAAGGGUCCCACGCUUACAUGUGUGUUUGUGUGCUUCAUACCUUGAUUUAAAACAGGCCUGAUUCUGAUCUCGUCUUCUGAUCGGGAAGAUGUGAGCACUGUGAUGCCGCUGGAACCCCUCUCCGUGGAACCCCACAGGAAAUGUUUGGAUCCAUCUGUGAUGACUUCACAGGAAACUUCAUGUUCUCCCAGUGACCUCACAGGAAGUGCUGAACUACAUCUGUGACCCCCACAGGAAGGAAGACCUUUCAAGGAUGAGAGCCUAUUUCCCAAUUGUGAUUUCAAAGAAACACUAUCAAAUGACAGGGAGAGCCACUGUUUGUUCAUCCGUCCUGUGUGUCAUGAUUUGGUCUUGACAAAGUUGAAAUGAGAUGUUCAUUUUAAACUGCUUUUUGCCAAAGAACAAUUGUAGGUUUGUUCCUUGUGUAAGUGAACGCUUCGUCUUCAGUUACUCCAUAAUUCCACUGUGUUUUGCGACGUUGAGUUGAGUGUGUGAAGGAUGUAUUUUUCCGUCUCCAUGUCGUGCUGAUCUUUGUCAGUUUUGCUGAAGUGCUGUCAUGUUACGUUCUGAAAACCACUAAAAAGGUGAAUCUCACCUAUGUUUGAGUCAUAUUUCACUCCAAAGUUAAUAGAUUAUUA